UCCCAUAAGCACUAGCGACAAAAAUCACAAGGUCCAUCAUGGGAUCUUGCAGCCCUACUUCACAACAGAACCGAGUUUAGAUCUUGCGGGGGAUCUAUUCUAGAGACAUGGCAGUGGAAACCAUCGCACCUGACUGGGAGUUUGACCGCUUUGACGACGGUUCUCAGAAAAUCCACACAGAGGUUCAGCUGAAGAACUACAGCAAGUUUCUGGAAGAAUACACCUCUCAGCUGAAGGGCAUUGAAGAGGCUCUGGAUGACUCUAUUGGAGAUGUGUGGGACUUCACUCUGGACCCCAUCGCUCUAAAACUUCUCCCAUACGAGCAGACCUCAUUAUUAGAGUUAAUUAAAACAGACAACAAGGUCUUGAAUAAAGUAAUAACGGUUUAUGCUGCUCUGUGCGGUGAAGUGAAAAAGCUAAAAUAUGAGGCGGAAACCAAAUUUUAUAAUGGCUUAUUGUUCUAUGGAGAGGGAGUGUGUGAAACCAAUGUUCUUGAAGGCGAGUCGCAGAUUCAAAUGGGCAGAUUUAUUUCAUUCCUACAGGAACUGUCCUGCUUUGUAUCCAGAUGUUACGAAGUGGUGGUCAGCAUCAUUCAUCAGCUGGCUGCCCUCUACAACAGCAGCAAGGGUGCAACAAAAAUCAUUGAAUCAUCUGGUGUCCAUUUCCAGGUGGUUUAUGAGCACCUGGGGGAGCUCCUAGUGGUGCUGAUGACGCUUGAUGAGAUUAUGGAAAAUCACGCUACCCUGAAAGAUCACUGGAAGAUGUAUAAAAGGUCAAUACACACACAUAAAAUGUGCAAAAGAUUUUCUCUCUUCCCGACCAAACACAGGGAACUUAAUUGCACAUAUGUGUGCAAUACAAUCUCUGGACAAAAGUUCCCCAAAGUCCUGAUACAUGGCACUUUUUAACAAAAAAAAAUAAAAAAAGCGUGGAAAGGUUUUAACCAA